GCUGAAUUUGACAGGCUUCUUCUCAAGCGUUUGGCCGGCAGGGGCCGUUGCAACAGGAUCGGGAGACAUCUCUGAACUUGGGGAGCGCUGAAAGGGGCCCUGACCAAGGGAUAUAAGGGGCUUCGUCGCCUAAAGGAUCGCAAAAGAUGGCAGAGAAACUGCAGAUGGGAAUGUCCAGUCACAAAUAGGUGGACUUGUCGGUUUGGUCGCUGUUGAACACCAGGAAAGUUCCGGAACGUUAGUCACCACAGAGCACUGAUUGAUGGAAGGAGAAGAGAAGAGAAGAGAGCAGGAACGGGAAGAAGGCAAGCAAGCUAGAACGGGGGAUGGGUGGAAAGCGGAAAGAAAGCAGAGUGGAAAAAGAAGGAGUACGAGGAGGAGGAGGAGGAGGAGGAGGAGGAUGGGAAAGCAUGAUGUUGGUCUGGGGGCUUGCAGCUGAAUAUUUGUAUAGUAGAUUGAGGUGUCGGGUAGACCAAGAUGGAAUAGUAACACCAAAGUCGGAAG